AACAGAACAGAUAGGAAUGGGCUGUAUAGCCACUGGGAUGGAUUAUCACUAAUCCUAAACUAAAGAUAAGACUACUAAACUUCUAAAGACUAAAUUAUCUAAAGAAAUAAAUCAGUUUUUACCAAGCAAAGACUAAGAAAUGCAUCCGGUUAUUCAAUCAAAACAAACACUGGUGAAAUUGAUUGCAGAAUAUGGAUGCAGACAUUUAGACGAUGGCAUCAUGAAGGAAUUACAAGGAAAUGCAGACAUGGCAGAACUUACAUUAUUAGAUUUGUCUCCCCUGAACACAAAGCAGCUUUUUAUCAUGUUUGUUGUGUCACAAGAGAAAAAAGAGAAGUUUGGAGAAGCUAUAGAACUCUUGAACUCUCUGCACUCUCAAGCCAAAGAAUGUGAUUGCUUAGAUAUAUAUCUUCGAUUUUCUCUUGGUUUGAGGAUCAAAGAUGUAAUAAAUAGCGUGUCAAUGCCAGUGAUAAAAUAUAAUGAGAAAGUCCACAGCCUGAUUACAGAGAAGUACAUAUUGCCAAAAGAAGAACUCAAAGAAAUUUUUUCUUUAAAGGAGCUUCAUGGGUUUAAGAACGCUAUGGCAGAUAUUUUUGACUAUUUUACAAAUGUAAGACACAAUAAAAGAGAGAUGAAAGCUUUAAAGGAACAUGUCUGCAAAGAUUUCACAGGAAGUUUAGUUCAAGUGGGGAGGUUAUUAUUUGAAAGAAUUCAAAUGAAGCAGCCUUUAAGUGCUCUAGAGCAGUUAAUACAGGCAGGUGAAGUGUCCAGCCUCUUUACAGAACAAGAGAAACAUAUAAAUCAUCUUAUAGGAAAGAAUACAGCAGUUAGUGACAUAGUGCACAUUCUGUUAACUGACCUAAGAAACAAUUCAACUACAAAUGACGUUCAAAUGAUGAAAAAGUCAAUACCUAUAAUUCCAUCAUCACAACUGGAAGUGGAAGAAAUUAAUAUGAAGACAGAAAGUGUGAGUAACCUAGAAACACCAAGUAUUACACAAUUUGCAAAACCAGCAGAAGUGAAAAGCUGCUUAGUUUUAUUACAGAGAUUUGCUUCUCACAGGGUAUAAAGGUUUCCAAAUAUUUA